GGUAGACACAAUUAAAUUUCAAGAGUUCAAAAAACAAUAGAAAUAAUAAUGAACUCUUCUUUUCAUCUCACAUUAGCAGCUUUGUGCUGUGUAGUGGUUGUGCUUGGAGGGUUUCCCUUCUCUUCAAAUGCACAACUUGAUCCUAACUUCUAUAAGGACACAUGUCCAAAUGUCACUUCCAUUGUCCAAAGUAUCUUAGCAAACGUUUCUCAGACAGAUCCUCGUAUCCUUGCCAGUUUCAUUAGGCUUCAUUUUCAUGAUUGUUUUGUUCAAGGUUGUGAUGCAUCACUCUUGUUGAAUGACUCUGAUACUAUCGUGAGUGAGCAAGGAGCUUUGCCAAAUAGAAACUCAAUAAGAGGUUUGGAUAUUGUGAAUCAAAUCAAAGCCGCAAUCGAACUUGCUUGUCCUAGUGUUGUGUCUUGUGCAGAUAUUCUUGCACUUGGUGCUAAUGUUUCCUCCGUUCUGGCUCUUGGUCCUGAUUGGGAAGUUCCAUUAGGAAGAAGAGAUAGUUUCAAUGCAAAUCAAAGUCUUGCUAAUUCAAGCCUUCCUGGUCCCCGAUUUCUUCUUGAUGAAUUAAAAACCUCCUUUCUUAAUCAAGGUCUCGACACUACUGAUCUUGUUGCACUUUCAGGUGCUCAUACGAUUGGAAGAGGUGUAUGCCUUUUAUUCAAUGAUCGAAUGUACAAUUUCAAUAACACCGGAGUUCCUGAUCCAACUCUAAACACAACCUUACUACAAUCAUUGCAAGCAAUAUGCCCAGAUAUUGGCGUUCUAGGUACCAACCUCACCAAUUUGGAUGUAAGCACUCCCGAUACAUUCGACUCAAACUACUACUCCAAUCUUCAAGCUGGAAAUGGUUUGUUUCAGAGUGAUCAAGAGCUUUUUUCCACACCUGGUGCUGAUACCAUUGCCAUUGUUAAUAGCUUUAGCAGCAAUCAAACUCUUUUCUUUGAAGCUUUUAAGGCCUCCAUGAUUAAGAUGGGUAAUAUUGGAGUGUUAACUGGAACUCAAGGUGAAGUUAGAACACACUGUAACUUUGUUAAUACUGUUAGUCUUGCUACCAAAGUCACCAAAGAUUCAUCAGAAGAUGGUAUUGUUAGCUCAUUCUAAGUAAUUUAAGACAAGUUGCAUAAGAAAGGUAUCUACCCAAUAAAGAGUGUUUUCUAGGGGCACAUAUAUACAUGUGCUCUUUUGUGGAUUGUGAUAUGUUUUGUAUUUUAUUUUGUAAUCUAUGGCUACUGAAUGCAGUGUGUUUGUAAGUUCUAUUUCGCUCUAUUAUGAUAAUUAUGUCAUAUUAAUAAAAUUGUGUAUGUAAAAAAAAGGUUUGAUCACUUUCA